AUGGCGCCCGGGCAUGGUGGAAAGCGGAAGCGCGGUGAACGCUCGUAUUCUGGCGACUCAGCAAGCAAUGACAACUUGAGACCUUCUCCCCAUCGCCCUGGUACACUGAACAUGGCGCAUCACCCUCCCAACUCUGGACACCAGUCUCCUUCUCCUCGCGAGCAGAACGACUCGCGCGAUAGAUCCCGCCGACAAUCGCAUCGCAGCCGGGCUGGUUCCCGCCGCGGGUCUCAUGAUAGUCAGAAUUUUUCCAACUCACAGCACAAAGAACUGAACGCCAUGUCUCCUCCGCCCAUCACCCAGUCCAAGGAGACCGCCGAACCCACACAGCAAAACGGCGAGCCCAGUUCGCUCCACCCUACUCCCUCCCCUGCGCCCAAUACCCCGGCCUCGCAGGCGCAUCACAACCCUCCAUCUCGUGCUGGAUCAGAGCCUGUCCCCCGCGCACCUUCCGCCCCACCGCCUCCCUACGACUACGAGUUUGUUACCGACAAUGCCGUCCAGGAAUGGACAGCGACAGGCAAGCAGGAUGUGGUGGAGCAAGGAACCGAAGCUCGUCUCCAGCAGGACCUGCCCAGACUCGCAGCUGUCUACCAAGAGCUUCUUCGGUCUGCGAUUUACGGUCGACUGUCGCCCUCGGAUGCCGGUACCGUUGUUAAAGAGAUUAUUGGCCAAAAAGCUGCCUCCCAGGAUGUGGACAUGGAAGCCAACAGUGAGAAAGCUUCGACUGAUGAACUCGACCCGCGCUCUUUGUUCCUUGAUACCCUUUCGAUCAUGACCGAUGCCGAUACCUCAAACCCUGCCCUCAAGCCGCUUGUUUUCGCGACUGGAAUUAGUCCUUCUUUGAUGCGCCUUCAGCUCGAUACCCCGUUGUUGCAGUCUUUGGGAUUGGUCCGCGAAACUUUUGCGCGCAUGGGUAUUCGCAAGCAGACAAACCUACUCUACAGACAGUCAAACUAUAAUCUUCUCCGCGAAGAGUCUGAAGGAUACUCAAAACUUCUCACCGAGCUGUUCACCACAAGCAACAAUGAGCCUCCAUCGAGCGAAGUGGUCGAGGAGACGUUCGAGCGAGUGAAGGCGAUGAUCGGCGCAUUUGAUAUGGAUGUUGGCCGUGUUCUGGAUGUAACACUGGAUGUGUUUGCCGCGGUUCUCGUCAAGCAAUACCGCUUCUUUGUGAAGCUAUUGAGAGCUAGCUCGUGGUGGCCCAAGGAGGACAUUUUCCAAAGCCUCGACGAGGGCCGUCGACACUCUGGUAUCCCGAACUGGGCACUCCCUGGAUCAUCCGGCUGGGUCACCACCGAGGAGGAACGAGCAGCUAUCAUGCAGUCAAAUGAACAGCGCGAUCAUCAGUUCUGGGAUAGAGUGAGGGAGGUUGGUAUUCGUGCCUUCUUUGAAAUUGGCCGCAAACCGAUCUCAGAGACAGAAAAACAAAAGUCUCUCGCAGAAACCAAUGGCUCAACUUUCGAAGAGGAUGUUACACGAUCAUGGCUCGAGGAGACAGGCACGAUGCCACCAAAGGGCAACCGGGUUGCGGCUCAGCUUCUUGGCUUCAAACUGCGAUUCUACUCUUCUUCGGCUCGAACCAAAUCUGAUGUGCUCCCUGAUAACUUGAUCUACCUCGCGGCUCUGCUUAUCAAAGUAGGGUUCAUCUCCCUUCGCGAUCUCUAUGCGCACCUCUGGCGACCCGACGACUCCAUGGACACUUUGAAGACCGAGAAGUUGGCAGAGAAAGCCGAGAGAGUGAAGGCUGGCCGACCAGGUGGUGGAACGAACGCUUUGAUGAUGGCCGGUGCUUUGUCGGACGACACAGUCCCUCUUCCCCGUUUGCGUGACUCGGAACCACGGCUGUCAACCCCUGCCAAAGAUCAAGAAGCCGACAAGCAAGGCGCAUCCAAAACAGAUGACGACUUACCGGAUCCCUCAGACCAGAAAGUGCUACUUCUCAAGAGUCUUCUCGCCAUCGGAGCCAUUCCUGAAUCUCUCUUUGUGAUCAGUAAAUUCCCUUGGUUGAUGGAAGCAUAUCCCGAGCUACCUGAAUUCAUCCAUCGUAUCCUCCACCACUCAUUGAACAAGGUUUACGUCCAAUUCCGACCGUCAUUUAUCUCCGGCGACUUUCCAGGGCAGCAAUAUCAAGUGACAUCUGAUCAGAGCGGAUUUGCCAAGGGCCAGAUCGGGCUUGCGGCUCCACCCCCGAGACGAACCUUGCGCUGGGCUCAACUGGAUAAGGAAGACACAAACGAUGGCACUGAUUAUCGAUUUUACUGGGACGACUGGGCCGACAACAUCCCCAUCUGCCAGUCCGUCGACGAUGUCUUUGCCCUUUGCUCAUCCUUCCUGAACCUUUCUGGCCACAAGAUCGGACAAGACGCGUGCCUUCUGGCGAAACUUGUCCGAAUUGGCAAAGGAAGCUUGAUCCAGGAUGGAUCUGAACAGAACAAAUCCCGUUGGCGCGACCUUUGCAAGCGUUUGCUCCUGCCCGCUGUUAGUCUGACCAAGGCUAACCCUGGUGUGGUUAAUGAGGUUUUCGAGCUCAUCAGUUUCUUCCCCCGUGAUGUUCGAUACAACAUGUACGCAGAGUGGUAUUCGGGACAGACAUCUCGUUUGCCUGACAUCAAGGAGGCCUUCGAUCAGGCCAGAGCAGAGACCAAAGACACUCUCAAGCGUCUCAGCAAGACGAACAUCCGUCCCAUGGCCCGCGCAUUAGCUAAGAUUGCAUAUGCCAACCCCGGAAUCGUCAUCAAUGUCGCCAUUAGCCAAAUUGAGUCUUACGAGAACCUCAUCGAAGUUGUGGUCGAGUGUGCCCGCUAUUUCACUUAUCUCGGCUACGAUACCCUGUCCUGGGCACUUGUCAACUCGCUUGGCCAGAAGGGACGCAGUCGUGUCCAAGAGAGUGGUCUCUUGACUAGUCGCUGGCUGAACGCCUUAUCCGCAUUCGCCGGCCGCACCUACAAGAGGUACUCCAUCAUGGACCCCACACCAGUUCUUCAGUAUGUCGUUGAACAACUGCGACAGAACAAUUCAACCGAUCUUAUCGUGUUGGAGCAGUUGAUCAGCUCCAUGGCUGGAAUCAUCACGGACAACAAUUUCAACGACGCUCAAAUCCAGGCCAUGGCCGGUGGAGAUGUUUUGCAAUCCCAGACCAUUUUGCAGCUUCUGGAUAAGCGUCACGAGUCGAAAACCACAUCCAAGCGUUUGCUGAAGUCAUUGACCCACAAUAGACUCGCUGGUCAGUUGUUGGUUGCCAUUGCUCAAGAACGGUUGACUUGUGUCUUCAAGGAAACGUCGUCGGAGCUUAAACUACUUGGCAACAUCUUUGAUGAGAUCCAUCGCAUUCUCACGCAGUACCUGGACUUGCUUCGCAGCAACUUGUCUGUUGAUGAGUUUGACUCUUUCGUGCCGGACUUGUCAUCACUCAUUAAGGAAUUUGGAAUCCAGCCAGAGAUCGCCUUCUGGAUUCGUCGUACUAGCAUUUCUCGGAAGAUCACCGACAUUGAAGAAGCGAAGCAACUGGAAGCCUCAACCGUCGGUGAUGCUACGCCCAAGCCGAAUGGCGACAGCAAGAUGGAUACCACCGAGGACGGAGAAACGCCCGCAAAGCCUGAUGAAGCCUCUGCAGACACCGCCAUGGAUGUCGACAAGGACGAGUCAGGAAACCUUGUCACGACUGAGGGUGCUGAUUCUACUCCUGCUCCUGUCGUGAAUGCUGAGCCCUUAGCUGCAAACCCGGUCAUGCAAGAGCUGAUUGAUAAUGUCAAAUCUUCUCUGCCUGUUGAGACGUGGGAGACCAUUGGUGCUCACUUCUAUGCAACAUUCUGGCAGCUUGCUCUCUACGAUCUUCACAUUCCUCAGAAAUCCUAUGAGGAUGAGAUCGACCGUCUCAAACGACGAGUGGUUUCAAUCAACAACGACCGGUCUGACCCCAGCACUGCAGGCACAACACGAAGGGAGGCCUCGAAAAAGAACCUCACUCAACUGCAGGAACGCAUUCUGGAGGAGAACAAGAAUCAUCUGAAGGCAUAUGGACAGACUCGCUCCAGGCUGCAAAAGGAGAAGGACCGCUGGUUCGCCGGCAUGCGCCUUAAGCAUGACUCUUUGAAUGUUGCCUUGUUAGAGCAAUGUUUCAUUCCUCGGCUUCUCUUGUCACCUCUUGAUGCCUUCUUCUGUUUCAAGAUGUUGAAGUUCCUGCACAGCUCGGGCACUCCUAACUUCCGGACCGUUGGUCUUCUCGACCAGCUCUUCCGCGAGCAUAGACUCACGGCGCUCAUUUUCCUAUGUACUUCUAAGGAGGCGGAUAACCUUGGUCGCUUCUUGAAUGAGGUCUUGCGUGAUCUCUCUAGAUGGCAUGCUGACAAAGCCGUUUACGAGAAGGAGGCCUUUGGCACCAAGAGAGACCUUCCUGGCUUCGCUAAGAAUGUUGACCCUGAAGGUGUACCAGUCAUGUUCUUGGAGUUUGAGGACUUCCGCCGUCUUCUAUACAAAUGGCACCGAUUGUUCUCCAACGCCCUCAAGAGUUGCCUCAGCGGAGGCGAAUACAUGCACAUUCGAAACGCAAUCAGUGUUCUGAAGGCUGUUGUCCAACACUUCCCUGCCGUGAACUGGAUCGGUCGAGAUAUGCUGAACUGUGUCAACAAUUUGAGCAAGAACGACGAGCGUGAUGACGUGAAGAUUCCCGCAGCCUCGUUGAUUGGUGACCUCAACCGACGAGAGAAGAAGUGGAUGUUGCCACAAGCUUUCAACAUGGUCAAGGCCGCCGAUGCCCAGGCCCACUCCGGUUCUCAGCAUCCUGCUACACCAACACUGAAUGCCGCAGCCCCAGAGUUCAACCCUACCCGAACCUCAGACCCUGCUACGAACCAGGAACAUACUGGCAAGACUGAAGUUGAGGAUGGUGAGAUCGAGGAUGCAAAGAUGACCGAUGUUGGUGCAGGAAAGGCGAGCGACGAGAACAAGAUGGCUAGUACAUCCUCUCGAGCUGGAUCCACCACACCUUCCGUAGCUGGCAUCGAUGCUCACCUGGAUGCUCCGUCUGACCAACCACCUGUGCGCUCACGACCAAACUCUCGGGCGCCCGAUUCGGGGCGUCAGCCUGAUAUUCGCUCGCAAGUCCACCCUCCCACUCGUCCUCCGCCCCGUCACGACGGAAGAUUGCCUCCGCGCCCCGAGGGAGUGGAUGACCGACGAGAUAGACAUUCCGACUUCAACCCCCGCAGUCGACAUGGACCCGGCCCUGACCGCUCGUUUGAUGGCCCUGGUAGCGACAAUCGAGUCCAUGGGCGUCUUAAUGAGCGUGAUCGCGAUUACCCUGUCCGGCCUCCUCCAGAUGAUCUUAUGCGUGGACCAUCCCGCGAUGGUCGACCUCUCCGUGAGAAUGGCUGGCCUAUGGAUCGCCCAGCCCGCAUGCGUGGACCUAAUGAUUCGUUCCAUGGACGCGAUGCUCUUGCACGCGGAGAACUCUUGCCUGACCACAACGACCGCCCUAUUGAUGGUCCUCGGCGUGGGGACCCAUCUAGACCGGACAAGGAUGCUCGCAGACCGUAUCCCUCCCGCCCUCAAUCACCUCCUAGACCAGCUAACUUGCCCAACCGCCCCGAGAGACCCAUUCCCGUCGAUGACCGCAGAGCUCCCAAUUUCUCUCAGCCUCCCCGUCACGACGAACUCCCCAGGGGCCCCCGAAUGGACCGACAUGUAGAUGCAAAAGACCCUGGCCCAGGUCCUGACAUGAAUCAUGGUCGUCUUCGACAGCCGGAACCCACACCUGAUAUCCCGGCUGGUCCACGAGGAAGACGUGGCGGCGGCCGCAAUGCUUCCGGACAAGUGCCUCCAAUGUCAAGCUCAAACAACGGUCCACCACCCACCGCAGAACGCCAGACACCUACAGGUCCUGGUCGGCAGGGUGGCCGUGACGCCCCAGAACAACCAUCCAGUUCGCAGCCCGCAGGCCCCGCUAAUGCCGCAGGCGUUCACCCAGAUCGCCUCAGGAACCUCGUUAAUGAGCCUGCAACUUCUGGUGCUCCUCCCUCUGGUCCUCGCAGUGGAGCAGGCCCGCAACAACCACCCCGAGGGCCCGCUGGUCAAGGAUUUGGUGGAGACCGCGGCCGCAGCGAUAAACGGUUCGCGGGCCUAAACAACAUGCUUCAGCAAUCUGGUGGCACUGGUGGUGAUCGCGGCGGUAACCCCCCGCCUGUUCGCGGACGAGGCGGACAUCGCCAGUCAAGCGGGAUGAACGCACCUCCCCCCGACAGCCCAGCAGGUCCCUCAGGGGAUCAAUCUGGCAGUCGACCUAACGGUGGCCGGGUCGCUGACCUCCUUGAUGAUCCCGCUCCCGAAUCAGUCCGCUCUGGACGAACUGGCGAUCGUAACCGUGAGCCAGAUGUUGAUCGCGCAAAGGAGUCGGAGCGCCGCGAGGACAGCACCAACAACAGCAGCCGCCGUCGUGAUGGCCGUGGUCGUGACCGCGAACGCAGCCGCCGCAGCGAUAGCUCCCGCGAGGAGCUGCGCCGCCGAGAUCGACGUGACCGACCCGACGGAUCCUCAGAGAUGACUGGCCCAACUCCCAGUGACAACAUCGCCCCUGAAGCUGAGGGUCGUCUGCGUCCUCCCUCUUCCAUGGGCGCGCCACCACCCCCACCGCCCCCUCCUCCACCCCUGCCUGAAGGAAACGACCGCCGGUUUAACUCUGGCGGCGACCGGGGUAACCGGUCCGAGCACCGACAUCGCGAGCGUGAGCGCCGCAGUGACCGACGUGACCGCGAACACCGCGAAGGCGGCGGUGGUAGCGGCGGCUCUGGACACCGUAAGCGCGGUCGCCAAGGUCCCGACGACAACAUUGGUGAAAAUGGACCCCGUGGCAUGCGCAUGGGAACCGAUAACAAGCGCCCUCGUCGAGGAGCGUGA